GGACGGGAACUUCCGGCACGGUAGAUGGAGCCUUGUCCAUUGUACGAGCUGUUUCCCGAAAGAGUGCCGCGAUUGUUGAGCUGCAGUCUGAUAAAUCUGUGGUUUCUUUUUUUUUUUUUUAAAGUUGUCUCGUUUGCUGUAGCCGGUUGUCGCGUUUGACCUCGGAAUAUGUUGGGAUAUGUGAAUCUUAGGGAGAAGUAGCGGGUUGUUUACGGGUUGAACCGCGGUGACGCUGGGCUCACCAUAGGAAUUUGUUCGUUAGCUGCACACAGCUCAACCACCUUGCGGUCCGAGCUAGCACUCGAGCUAGCUGGACGUUAAUCACCGCUGUGGUGUGGUGUGGUGUGGGUGUGACGGGGAGGGGGGAUCUGUGGGGGGAAUAUGUAUUUAAUUAGAAGGCAUCGCUUUUAAAAGCAAGUCGCCAGUGUCUAAAACAAACAAGGGGGCGGUUAGCUUGGCGAACUAGCCACUUAGCAGAGUUAGCUAAUAGCUAACGUUACCGGAUUGUCUUUCACAAAAGGGCACCACAACAGAUUUGGUAGCCAGACUCGAGCGGUUUUCUGGGUUUUUUUAUUUUAUUUUUUUGCACUACAAUAGUACAGAAUGAAUGGAUUCAGCACCGAAGAAGAGAGCCACGAUGGACCGCAGCCGCUGCCGUUCUACGGACAGAGCUGCUGUCUGAUCGAGGACGGGGAGCGCUGCGGCCGGUCCGCUGGAAACGCCUCCUUCAGCAAGAGGAUCCAGAAGAGCAUCUCACAGAAGAAGCUCAAGCUCGACAUCGACAAAAGCGUGGAGACGAUUUGCCAGGUGAGACACCUCUAUAUCUGCGACUUCCAUAAGAACUUCAUCCAGAGUGUCCGCAACAAGAGGAAGAGGAAGACCAGCGACGACGGAGGAGAGUCCCCGGAGCAUGACGUGGAGGUGCCUGAGGUCGACCUCUUCCAGCUGCAGGUGAACACGUUGAGACGCUACAAGCGACACUACAAGCUGCAGACCAGGCCCGGACUCAACAAGGCCCAGCUGGCAGAGACCGUGAGUCGUCACUUCAGGAAUAUUCCGGUGAACGAGAAGGAGACGCUGAGCUACUUUAUUUACAUGGUGAAGAGCAGCAAGAGCCGCUUGGACCAGAAAGGCGACGGCGGCGGAAAACCGCUGGACUAAACUUCGCAGCGACCGCAGCAGCAACGAAAAUCAACAAUAAUUCACAACUUCCCGCAAAAAAAAAAAAAACCCACCUGGCCACCACUAACAGCGGCAUCAACAACCCAAAAGCAGCUCCUCCUGCAGCCCUUUCUGCCGUCCCGCUCCUCUGUAAGACCAGAACACGAGCUCUUGUUGUCCUCGGAGGACGUUCAACGCAAUCGGAGGAGAAUUCAGGGUGGGAUGAGUCAUCUUCUUUCCGCUCAUUUUGCCCUCCUCGCAUGUCGUCACAAUGGUCACCUCCUCUCCUCCGCAAAAGCCGGGUCUCUGAAGACCGUCGAGGACCAGGACUCACUCCGCAGGGGGCUUCACGUCGUCAUGCUGUAGUGUAAACUGUCAAUAUGUACAAAAAGAACGGCGUGGGAUCCUUCGUAAGUUAGUUGAAUGCAAUGUACGAUAUAGCUGCCUUAAGAGUGAAAAAGAUCUUUUCGGUAAUCGGGAGUGUUUUUUUUGUUUUGUUUUGUUUUUUGUCUGUCGACGCGUCCGCAGAGAGGAAUGCUUGUGCCUCACAGAGAGGAAUGCUUGUGCCUAACAGAAAAGCUUGGGAUUGAAUGAUGAAGAGUGGGGAUCUUCUUCUUGUUCUUGUGAGUGAAUGAAUUGUUGGAAAGGGGCGCUGCCUGCCUUCGCUGAAGUUACGUUCAGAAUAUCAGGGCUCCAAGUCGGUUUAAAUGGCACAGAGUUCACAUGAAAAAAAAGUCAAUAAUGUUUAAAACAAAAUGAAUUACAAGCUGAUCUCAGUCCUGAUAUGUAAUCUCUUAGUCGCCCCUUUCCUCCUGGACGUGGUGCGUUGGAAGACCGAUGGUGGUGAAUGAUGUAGCAUUUGGCUACGACCCGCUCUUCUCCUUCAUAGCUGUUGUAUGUAUGUUUGAACACACACGUUCUAAAUUCUUUUUUUUUUUUUCUUUAGUUCAGCCUUAAGUUGUCUGUGUGAAAAUAUGAUUUUAGGUUUAUCCAUCUUCUUUUUUUUUUCCACCUGAAGGUGUGUGUGUUGUGUGUGUGUGUGUG